AAAUUCGUCUUCUUCUCCGCUUCUUUAAUUCCGGAACUUACCGUUGGGGAUCCCAUGCGCGGCGCGACGAUGGGAGCCAGCGGAGGGAAUGAUGCUCGGCGUUCUUGUUCUGCUGCUGCUGGGGGUCGUCGUCGCUCGGCCUAUAGUCUGGACGAGCCCGGACUGCUCGGAGAUAUGGCGCUGCUUUCUCUUUCCCUUUCUCGUCCUCGUUGAGUCUGACAAGAAACAUCUCUCGUCUUGCCAGGGAACGUCAGAGUUUAUUUUUAUCGCACAGCACGCCCGCAUCCCAAGGGCUACUUCUCCGCGGGUCGGUCGUGAGAAAGAAGAUUGUGAUUGAGAUAAGAGAGAAACAUUAAGAGAGAUCAAGAGAGAAAGAGAGCGAGAGAGUGGAGAGCAGAGGGACUAGAAAAGAGAGCGAUUCGCGUUGUGAUGUAACUGGAACUCGCCGAGAGAAGGAUAACAGAGCGGGUGAUCAAGAGCUCGGAUUGUGAUUGAGUCUGAAGAGACUACUGGGAAGCGCGCAGGGAAAUGUUGUAAAUGUGUUUGUGUCAACGGAUGUUGUCACUGGGAUGUUUACUCUUGUGUAAACAAAUUGGUUGAUUUCAUGAAGCUUUGCAGGCUACGAAUUGCCCCUCUUGGUGGGGUGUGCUCAUGAUCUCAUGAGUCGCUGAAGUUUAUACAGAGAGAUUUUUCUUUUGAACAUUCUUCGAAGACUUGGGCUAUCUAAAGGUGAGGUGAGGUGAGGCGAGCUGCGUGCCUGAAAAGUAUGCAGAAGGGCAAAUUGGGAGCAGCGGAAGCGGUUCAGGUAUCUGAGCAGACGGAGAAUUUGAUCACUCCGGGAUCAGAAAAGUGGUUAGAGCUUUAGUAUUUUACAGGGAAACAGUGGCCGGUUAUCAACGUCUGCAACAUCAGGGAAGGAGCAUGGCGAAAGGUAUUUCUCCACUUCGGCUGUUCAUGCGGAGCACGUCCAAGAAAUCAGCACCGGAUCAACCCGAUGGAACUUCUUCUACAGGUCCGGAGCCCUCUGUAUCCACAACUCCCCAAAGACAUCCUCUCUGCCCAAUUCCUGAGAGUCUGCGAAACCCCCUCACACCCCCUCAGUCCAUGGAACAAUCACCUGCAGAUGCAGCAGCCUCAAUCCGCAGCAAAGCAGACAGUGCCACUCCCCGAGCCAAAGCAAAGCUGUCGUUCAACGCUCAGGAAAAGUACCCACAUUUGGAGAAUUCAGAAGGUGCGGUUAAUGUUGGUCCUCCUAGUGGCACUCCUGAUAAGAAUGCCACCGGACCCUCAAGUUCCAAGAGCAAGUAUUCUUGGCAAACUCAUCAUCCUUCUAGUGUGACCACAGGUUCUGGCUCUAGGUGCUCCCCUGCACAGGCUCGUGUCCGCGCUCAGCAGGAAAAUGUGUCAGUAGAAAGUGGAUCAGAUGUGUACACGCCACCGCGAGGGUCCAAACAAUCUUCCGCCGAUGGUAAUCAGGUCUCCUCAGGAGUAUUGUCUAACAGUAACACUGUGAACCAGCAGCAGAGUGUGCCCAAUUCCGCUAGAGCAGCGGGUAGUACCCAGACUACUCCCAAGUCAUCCAGGGCAGCAAGGUCCGGGUAUGAUUCGGAGUCUGGGCUGCAGGGUGGCACUCCGGGGAAGAGUGUUUCCAGGGCUCUCAAGUAUGGCCAAACGCAGCCUAGUUCCAGUAAUGCUGGCACGGCGGGACUUGCCAAUGUCCGCUCCACAGGUUCACAGCACGUUAUUACUAGAACCAUGGGCAUUUUACCGGCUGUCAGGGGUGCUGGCGCUGGUUGCCAAAUCAGCAAUCAGAAUUUCGUGGAGCAGCAAUUUGAUCUGGAGGAAGAUCCAAGUUUCUGGAGUGAUCACAAUGUCCAGGUUUUAAUCCGAACGCGACCCAUCAGCAGCAGUGAACUGGCAUCUCAAGGAUCGAGUCGAUGCCUGAGACAGGAAAGUCCGCACACUCUGACUUGGCUUGGUCAACCGGAGUCCCGCUACACAUUCGAUCAUGUUGCUGGUGAAGCCAUUACUCAGGAAAAGCUAUUCAAGGUAGCAGGUUUGCCAAUGGUGGAAAAUUGUAUGUCCGGCUACAACAGCUGCAUGUUCGCCUACGGGCAGACGGGUAGUGGAAAGACACAUACGAUGCUUGGAGAUAUUGAUGAUCUGGAUCUCCGGCCAAGUGAUAAGAGGGGGAUGACUCCUCGAGUUUUUGAGUACCUCUUCUCCAAAAUUCAAAUGGAGCAAGAAAGCCGCAGAACUGAGCAGCUGAAAUACUUCUGCAAGUGUUCUUUUUUGGAAAUCUACAACGAGCAAAUUACUGACCUCUUGGAGCCUACGUCAACGAACCUGCAACUGCGAGAAGACGCGAAGAAAGGAGUCUACGUUGAAAAUUUAUCCGAAGUUGAAGUGCAAGGAGUUCAAGAUGUUAUUCAGCUCCUUCUUCAGGGUGCCGCUAACAGAAAGGUUGCGUCAACCAACAUGAAUCGAGAGAGCAGUCGUUCUCACAGCGUCUUCACCUGCAUUGUGGAAAGCAAGUGGGAGAGCAACGCCAUGACAAACUCGAGAUAUGGUCGGCUACAUUUGGUCGACCUUGCUGGGUCUGAAAGACAGAAGAGCUCAGGUGCUGAGGGUGGGCGCUUGAAAGAAGCUGCAAAUAUCAACAAAUCUCUGUCAACCCUAGGAUUGGUCAUCAUGAUACUCGUAGACGUUGCCAAUGGAAAGCAGCGGCAUGUCCCUUACAGAGAUUCUAAGCUCACAUUUCUUCUUCAGGAUUCUCUGGGUGGUAAUUCCAAGACAAUCAUGAUUGCUAAUGUCAGUCCUUCCAGCUGUUGUGCUAUGGAGACUUUGAGUACGUUAAAAUUUGCCCAAAGAGCCAAGUUCAUUCGUAACAAUGCUGUCAUAAACGAAGACGCUUCUGGAGAUGUGAUAGUAUUGCGCCAACAGAUUCAGGAGCUCAAGGUUGAAGUAGAUCGUCUGCGCCGAGAGAGCAUCUCCAGAACACCAUCAAUGAGAUUCGGUUCUUCACUUCAGAAUGGUUCAAUCGAUUGUGAUUCCAGUGGGGAGAAUGUAGACUCAGGAGCUGUGAACAGCCACUCUCCUGAUUCAGCUCAUGUCAAGACGAAGGCUUACAUCAUCGAGAAGAAACUCAAGGGCAUGGAAGCAGUUCUGGCUGGUGCUCUGCGGAGAGAGCAAGUAGCAGAGGACGUGACAAAGAAACUAGCUGCAGAAAUUGAACAGCUGAAUCGUCUGGUUCACCAACGUGAAGAGGAUUCACAGUGUUCAAAAAUGAUGCUUCGCUUCCGAGAGGAUAAAAUCCGCAGACUUGAGGGCGUGGCAGAUGGAGUGCUCUCGGCUGAAUACUUCUACAAGGAAGAGCAGAAAUCUCUGAUGGACGAACUGCAGUUGAUUCGCGCCCGUAUUGAUCGCAAUCCCGAGUUGACUCGAUUUGCCAUGGAGAACAUACGUUUGAUGGAGCAGUUGCGCAGGUACCAAGAAUUCUACGACUGCGGCGAGAAGGCUGUGUUGCUUGAGGAGAUUUCGGGACUCCGGAAUCAGCUGCUGGAUGUUCUCGACGCGAAGUUGGGAGAGGAGCAGGGACAACUCACCACGCCACAGAAACGAGCACUUGCUCCGGAGAUUGCUGCACGUGCACGAGAGAAUGAGCUACUUCUAAUCGAGGUGGAAGGUUAUCAAAAAGAGGUAAAGGAGUGUCGAACGAACCUCAACAACUGCCUCGUGGCUAAUGCCGAGCUGACACGGCAAGUCGAUCAAAUGCAAGCUAUGAUCACUCAGCUGAAGGCUGAAUGCUCAGGCAAGCAGAAAGAAAUAGAGACGCUCAAGUUCGCCUGCGACGAGGAGAGGGCGCUGGGUUCUACCAAUCAGGAGCGAAGUCAAAGUACAAUCGAGGAGUUGAGAUCAGAACUUCGGAAGAAUGAAGAACGCUGGGACAUUGAGUCAAAGCUUGGUCAACAACUAGAGGAGCAACUUCAAACUGCUCUUCGAGAUGCGGAGAACCUGCGCGCCGAAUUGGAGAGCUCUAAGCAAUGGGUCUCCUCUGAUGGAGUCGCUGAGAAACUUCACAGUACCGAAGUUAGUCCUGCCACGACCCAGAUUCAUACGGAGGCCGAAGAGAUAGCUCUCCAGCAGAGGCAGUCCUUAACGAGCGUCCAAGAAGCAGCAAUGAUCUGGCGUUUCCAGGAGGCUGAGUUAAGAUCGCAGCUGAAGGAUGCUCAGGAUCUCAUAGAGAAACUAUCAGCAAGACUUGAACAAGAUUCGGAGAUGGAUGUCCAGUCGAGCAUAUUAGCUGAAGAUGUUGGAAAAGAGCCUUCACAAGGUAGGCGGCAAAAACUUCAGGAGCUGGAGAUGAGACACUCUGAAGAAGUUACGCGCUUGCAGCUUGAGCUCGAAUCUGUCGAGGAUGUCUUGAAGGAGGAACAACAACAACGUUUGGAAGCCACAAAGAAGGUAGAGGAGUUGACGGAGCAGAUGGAUGAAGCCACUUCGAAGGCAGAACAUGGACAAAGUCUGGUCGAGGCACUUGAAGGGCAACAAUUGUUUUCUCUUUAUGAACUGGAGAAGAUGCAAGCAGAGCUUACAAGGGUUUCUAGCCUGUUGAAGGAGUCAGAGAGUGAAGUGUUGAUGCUUGAAGAUAAGCUACAAGACAUGGCUCGGAGGUUGUCUAGAGUGGAAGGGACCAGCAGCAGAUCUGAACGCGCGCACAAAAGCGCCCAGAACGAUCCUGCCUACCGCACCUUGGAGCUGAAGUUGGAGAAAGCAAGGAGAGAAAGAGAGGAGGUGAGGGCAGCAAAUGAGAGAUUUCAAGUAGAGAGAGCAUCGCGUAUUGCGCAUGAGAAAGAAAUGGAGCUAACCAGAUCAGAGGUGGAAACUGAGACAGCUUUAGCUCUAACUUCCAUGCAGUCAGAAAUUUUUGAUCUGAGAGAGGAGUUGGCUGCUGCUGUCGAGUCGGAAGCUUUUGCUAAGUUGGAAUUCCUACAGCUGAAGCACGAGCUUGAAAAUCUUGGUCAUCAAAAUCAAGAGUUGCAGGCUAGUUAUGAAACGGUGAGGAAUGAGAAAGAUGCUGAGAUUCGCAAUCUUCAGAAGGACUGGGAGGGUGCAACAGCAAAGCUUAUUGAUUACCUUGCAGAGGGAGAUGAAGAACUAAUAGAAGCUGCCAAAGAGAUGGAUGACAUGAUUGAGGAUUCAUUCUCACCCAGACUUGUAGGUGCAUGGAAAGAGCUAGAUUCACUGGACCACGCAAGUAAUGUCGUGUCGAAGAAGCAGAAGGCAUUUGAGCUCCUCUACCAACACCUCCAGGAUGCCCAGUAUCUGGCGAGAGAAACAGAAGAAAGUGUUCGGGCUCUAGAUGAGGUUUCUCCGCAGCACAGAGUAGCCCAGGAUGUCAUCAAUGACCUAGAGAAGAAAUCGAUGGCAGCAUUUGUGUUGGUCAAGCACCUUCUGGACAGGAUCAAAGAGCUGAAUGUAGUCAACGCGAGUCUUCUGGAAGAAAAGCGGGAAGCAGACUCCAACACUAAUGAGAAAAACUCCAUUAUUGAGGCCCUACAGCAAAAGUUAGAAGAUGACCUUUCUAACCAAGAACUAAUCGCCGGGCAGUAUGAGGUCCUUGUGGAGGGACAUGACAGAUUGAGAAUUGAGCUCGAAGAUGCUGUCCGGGAAAGUGCCGUGUUGAAGUUCCAAGUCGAGAAUUUGGAACUGAAGCUGAGUCGAAGCUACGAUUUGAUUGAGCAAGUUGAGGGUCUGGUAAUAGAUGCUGAGAAACAAGUAGGUGAAGUGGAAGGCAGGGCCCUCGCUUGUCUGGAAAGGGCCGCAAAAGACGAACAAGUGAUGCUUGAGAGAGAGCAAGUUGUCGUAUCUUUGAUGUCCGAAUUCGAUGAAAUUCUGGCUAGUAUUUCACAGCUCGAAGUAAGCAGCGUUGGUUUCGAGUCAGCUGCAAAUGUCCUGCAAGGUGGGGUUUCCAAGGUUAGAGAUCUGGAAGAGGAUGUGGUAACUUACAGAUCAGCGAUAAGGGCUUUGCAAUCAAAGCUCUCGUUCGCAACCACAACUCUGGAACUGAAGGUUGAAGAGCUUGAUCGCGCUCGACAAGAAAAUGAAGCUUCUCAGUUGGCUCUGAAGGAAGAAGUUGCUAAUAAUCAGAAAUGGAUAGAAGAGAGGGCUGUUUUGGCGAAAGAGAAGGAGUACAGCCUUCAAGAGAAUGUGGGCAAGGAAAAAUUGGUCACUUCUCUACGUGCUGAAGUGCAGACACUUGAGGUUAACUUAAAACAUGCUGAGUCUAAGAUUUCUGAGAUGCUUCUCGGAUUUGAGGCCUUGACCAUAGCGACAGCGGAGCUUGAGUCUGAAAGAGAUCGACUCAUUAUUGCUUCUCAACAAGCAGAGAAAAAUUGUAUAGAGAAGGAGCAGGCUCUUGUUCAAAUUCAGGCAGAUCUUUGUCAACUGCAAGAGAGAGUUCGUGAAGCAGAAAUAAGAGAGCAAGUGAUAUCUAUGCGGAUGGAGGAAUUGAGCGAUGCACAGGAGCAUUGGGAUUCUGAGAAGAUUAUCGUGAAGCAGGAGAUCGAGGACAUGAAGGCUGAGAAGUUGAAGCUUGCAUCUGACAUCCGGCAAUUGAACGCAGAGGUGGAGAAGAAAGAGCACACCAUGUUCGAGACUUUAGGCAGAAGUCAGCAGGCAGUAGAGGAAUCAGAGAUGAAAUUAGCAGCUUUAGAUGAGGAGCUGAAGAAUCUGGAGAUUGCCAGGGGUAAAAUGGAACAGUAUGUCACGGAGUUAGAACUUGCAGCUAGUGUGAAUGUCCAUAGGCUGGAAGAGAGGGAGAAGAACCUGAUUGAACUGCAGGAGAAGUUUGAGAUGGUGCAAGUUCAGAUGAUGGACAUGCAGAAGUCACUCGACUCUGUGAAUUUGGAACUUAAAUCGGAGAGGAUAUCCUGGAUGUCUGAGAAGGAGCGCUUUAAUGAGGAAAAGGAAUCACUUCGGCAAGAGUACCUCAACAGCGAAGCACAGCUGACAGAUCAGCUGGCCAUAGCUGAAACGAAGUUGUCCACUUAUGACACGGAGUUGAAGUCCGUUACAGCCAGCUUUGAACAGUUGAGCGCCCUAAAGACCGAUGUUGAGCUGGAGCUUGCGAAGGUCAAUAAGGAUGCUCUUUCGACCAUCUCGAACUUGAAACUUCGAGAAGAAGAACUCGAGGACCUGAGAGCUGUGUCUGACGUCUUGGGAAGUCGAUGUGCGGAGGCUGAAGGUAGAGUCCAAGCACUGCAGAAUGCACUUCAACAGUAUGCCCUUUCCGAAGAAACUUGGAAGGCUGAAAAGAUGCAACUUGUCGAGAAGCUGAAAGAGGUGGAAUCUAUGUCUGCGAGUUUGGACCAGGCCAACCAAGAGAAUGUUGCGGAAUUCAGAGACCUUUCCUGCAACGAGGACGUUCCUCAACAGCACAUCCAAAGGCUGAAAGUCCAAGUUGAAGGGUUGAGGAGGAAGCUUGCUGAUAAAGAUAACACCAUUUUGUCUGCUAGGAAAGAAAUGGAGAUAGCAAUAGCAAAUCUGAGGGAAGCUGAAUUGGAGAUGGAUAAGCUGCAGGCCGAGAAUGUCAGUUUAAGGAGGACUUGUGAAGAGAAUGAGGCUACUAUCAACGAAAUAACCAAGAACCUGAAAGCAGCCGAAGAGGAUGUUAACAGGAGGCAGGCACAAAUCGAAGCCUUUGAGGAGGAAAUGCAGAAGGUUGGAGACAUCGUCAGUGACUGGGAAGUAAAGAUUCUCGAAGCAGAAAGCACAUGGAAGAGUGAGAAGGAAGAGCUGGUGAAGGAAGUGGAUUCGGCAAAACUGGAGGCUAGAGAGAAGGGUCUUGAAGCUGCCGUGUUGAAUCAAAAGUUCCAGGAUAGUCAAGUUACCCUGAUGGAAGCUGAGGUCCUAGUCAAUCUCUUGGUUAGAGCGAACGAAACGGCCAAACACAACGCACAGGACUGGAAGUGGGAGAAAGAGGCACUAAACAUUUCUCAGGGGGUGUGGGAACCGGAGAAGGAUCGGCUUGUAGCAGCUAUCAAUUGCCUGAAAAUGGAAAUGAAAGAACGUGAAGAAGAGACGCUAUCCAUUUUCCGUGACACUGCGGCUGAAUUGUCUGAGGCUACGAAUAUGCUCUCCUCAAUCCAAGAAGAAGUUUGUCUUCUGAGUGUGGAACAUGAGCAGCAGAUGCAGAUUCUUUCAGAUGCAGUGAAAGAUAUUAAGAGCGAAUUCUCUCAAAUAAUAUUGUUGCCCAAGGAGCUUGGCUUGGACUUAGGAACAUUUUGCGGGAUAGUCACCGAGGUGAAGAGGACCAUUGUGGAGGUUACGAACCAAAAUGCAUCCUUGUGUGAGGAUCUACUGGCAUCUGAGACUAGGCUUCAGGAACAACUCUCUGAAAUGGAAGCGCUUAAAGCGAAGUUGGCAGUUUCUGCUCUAGAACUCGAAACGAAGUGCUGGGAUCUUCAGGCUGCGGAAUCGAAUGAGGCGAAAAACACAGAAAUCCUUCUCUCUCUUGAACAGCAAACGGAGGUUUUGGAAGGAAAAUUAGUCGCUGCUCUUUCGGAAGCCUCAGAAUUGAGAGAUCGACUUCUGACUUGCGAGUCAGAAAUAGCUGCUCUUCACAAUGACUUGAAUGAGAGGAGCAACGAAGUCGAGGACCUUGAGAGAAAGGUCACAACUGGAGACGAUGUCGUCAGCUCUCUCAACGAGAGAGUGCGGGAAUUGACCGCUUGGAAGGUUGCUGCUGAAGAGAAUUUACUGCUUCUCCGAAAGGAGGUUUCAGAUUCCGAGGCGAACCUGGCUCAAGUGCAGAAGGACUUAUUGGAGCAAAGGAAUGACUUUGUGGUUCAAAGAGAAAAACUGGAGGAACUUGAGUGUGCAUCAGGAGAGAUGGAAAUUAUGAUCCACAAUCUGAACGACACGAUCCAACAGCUCUCUACCGAGAGGUCAACUGCAGAAGAUAGCCUUUCGCAGCUGAAGGUCGAGAUCACAAAUGCUGAAGCAAAUAUAGAGCUCCUGAAAGAGGAGUUGGAGGAGGGAAGAAAUGAGGCCGAAAGUCUUGAGCUUGAGCUUUCACAACUCCGGGCAGAAAAGGAGAAUCACAUUCUUGCAGUGGAUGCGAAGUCUUCAGCAAUUGAUUCCAAUGUCAGAGAACUGAAGGCAGAGAUUAAGGACAAUCAAUCUCACAUACAAUUUCUAGAGCAGAGGCUUGCACUCGCGCACAGUGAAGUGGACGACUAUGUUGAGGGUGCAAACUCCAGCAUUUUCGAAUUGACAGUUGAACGGGAUGCUCUACAGGCUUGUUCUACUGAGCAAAGUGCAGCCUUGAGGACCUUGGACUCUGAGAUAGAAAAACUCAGUGAGCGCAUAAGUUUGCUGGAUCUUGAGCUAGAUGCUACAAGAAACGCUCUUGAUGUACGUGAUAGACUUGUAGCAGACAAAGAGGAGGCUAUCGUCAUGCUUCAUCGUCAACUCCAGGCCGCCAACACCGAUAACGCUGCACUAUCAGACAUUGUCGCAGGUCUCCAAGUGGAGAUAAUUGAGGCAGAGGCAAAGAUCAUCCAGCUGGAGGCAGAGGUCGAGGAGUGCAAGGUUCGGCUGAAUGACUUCCAAUUAGAGAAAGACGAAUCUGUCCAAUCCUUGUCAGCUGAAAAGAAUGCACUUCAUGUCGAGAUGGUGGGUCUAAAUGCACUUCUGGUAAGUCUGAAAGAUGAGAUAUUGCGUCUACGAGCUGACGUUGCAGAACAUGAGGAGAGGAAAGCGAAGUCUGAUUCUGAGCUUGAAAUGACGCUGAAGGCCUUGGAAACAGAAAGUCCUGAAGACUCAGUUGGAAUGUCACAUCUCCAUGUGAGGGUUUCCCAGCUGAAAGAUGAUUUGGAAAACGAAAGAUCAACUGUCAAGGAUCUGAGAGAGAAGCUUGUGAGGCCCGAGAGUGACACUACCGAGUUGAUCAAUCAGCUCGAGGCCCAACUGAUAAUUCAAAGCACUGCCUUGAUUGGAUUAGAAGAGGAGAUUAUUGCGUCGAAAGAAGACGUAUCAAGGAAACAGGCCAGUUUUGAGACUGCAACGACUGCAAUGAAGGAGAAUCUUGAAGAAGAGAGGAAUCGUGUCAGAUGUCUGGAGGAGAAGCUCGCAAUGGCUGAGAAAGAGAAUACGCAUUUGAAUGAGACUCUCCAUGACAAGGUUCAAGAACUUAGAGCGGAAAGGGAUCAAUUUCAAGUGAAAGCUUCUCAGGUUAAGGUCGAGCUUGAAGAGGGCAUGAGAACCGUUAAGGACUUAGAAGAGAAAUUGGCAGCCACGGAGCAAGACCAUGCUGAGCUUAUACACAUUUUGGAAGAGAAAUGUCGGCGGCUGAUAGAAGAAAGAGACCUGCUCCAGACUCAAGUGGACGAGGAAGCUGCUUCGCAGUACAGUCUUCAGCAGGAGAUGGAGCUUAUCAGAGAAAGCGCAGUAAAGGAGAAAAACUCGGAGGAGAAGCUACAGAUACAAGAGUUCAAGAAGAAGUGCAAGUCCUUAAUAAAGGAAAAUGACGAGUUGAAAUGUGAGAUGAUCGAGCUCGAGGGUAAACUACUCGAUCGUGAGGAGGAGAUUGAAAGAAGAAAGAAGGCUGUGGUUGACGUGGAAGCAAAGCUGAAUAGAGAGAAGGAAAAGAUCUCGAAGCAAGAAAGAUGUCAAAGUAUUGAACAUCAAGGGGCCCAAGAAGCGGUUGAAAGGCUUCAAGUCAAGAACAAGGAGUUAGAGGACAUGAAGGCGAAUGUUGAACAGCUUAUGCAAGAGAAUGGAAGUCUGAAGCUUCGCCUUUCUGACUUAGAGGGUAUAGUUACUUCUCUGGAAGAAGACAUUGAAAUGAGGAAGGAUGCCUUCGAAGAGUUGGAAGAGAAACUCAUUUGUGAAGAGGAGAUGAAUUCGAAGCAGCAAGCCCUUCUGGGCAAGAGGUUGCAGACCCUGCAAGUGGAAACUGACUUGCUUCAACGUGAGUUGGCGCAGCAGCUCGACUUACAAAAGCGAUUGAAGGAAGAGCUGAAGAACGCUGAAAUGUCUCAAGAGACAGUGUCUGAUGAGAACGAUCGUCUGCAAACGUGUGUUUCGAAAAUGGAACAAUCCCAUAACCUUUUUGUAAGAGAUGUCUUUACACAAGCUUUGGUUGGUGCCGAAGGCUUUAGAUCAGCCGAAAUAGAGCUGGGGUCAGUUGGAGAAGAGUUUGAAGAAGUGCAAAUGCACUCUGAAAACAUCUUGUUUGGAAACAUUGAAGUAUCCCAGGAGGAACUUUGUCAUGCAACGAGUGCUAUUCACGAACUGCGGGGUCAGAUGAAGGGUUUGUUAGACCUCACCAGCGCAACUGAAACAAUUGUUUGCAAGAAACUAGCCCUUAUUGAAAGUCUACAACAGGAGAUGCUCCUUAAAGACAAGCAUCUCGUUGAGCUGGUGGCGGAUCAGGCGACUUCCGUGGAGGAAAUCAAGAACGAGCGGAGGUGGGUUUCUAAGCAGCUGAACAAAAUUCUGAAGAAGAUGCAAGGAGUUUCUUCUGUAAACCGGACUGCUGCUUUGUCUGAUCUUGAGAGCGUCCAAAGAGUAGGUGAUCGUGAGUACACACUUAAUGUUUACGAACAACAGGUGGACUCCAUCGUCGAAGGACUAGAACGUGUUCUGCUAGAGAACACGAGGAUGAAGUCAGAAUUUGUGACGGUCCAGAGUAGGAUGGAAAAUCUCGAGGGAGAGCUGAAUCAAAAAAUGCAUGAUGUAAAGCAUCUCAGCUUCCUCGAAGAAGAACUGCAUCGCAAAGAACAUGAAAUGAACAGGCUGAGAGAGGAGCAGGUGCGACAUGUUGGUCACAGUGCUGAUGUGUUGACAGUUCACAAGCAUGAGAUUGAAAUUUUGCAGCAAACCUUAUUGAACACUGUAGAGCUCUUCGAGCAUACCUUGUCUCAGCCACCUGACUUGUCCUCCUUAUUACAAGAGGUGAGUUUGAUCGAAAACGUUAUUAGGAGUUCGGGGCUUCAAAGGAUGUUUGAAAAUCUCAAGGAGGAAAUAUAUAAUCUCCAGCAUACAGCGGCGGAACUCCAGUUAAGGUGCUCUGCUUUGGAGGAGGAGCUGGACGAGAGAAGGAAUCAUGUUGAUCUUCUGGCAGAUGACCUCAUGCUUCAACAGGAAAACUCCAUUCACGCCAUUCAGAGUUUGAAAGAUGAGCUAAAGGCCGCUGAGAUGGAACGGGACAAGUUCCAAACAGACGUCGUAGUCCUCACCGAGCAACUGGAAAUGAGUCAGACUACUGCGGAUGAAAGGGAAAUCGUUGCAGCAGAAGCUCGACAGAUUGCUGAGCUCAGCAAGAGUCAUGCGGAGAAGAAGGAGGAAGAGGCCAGGAUUUUGGAAAGAUCAGUUGAGGAACUCGAAAGCACAGUAUAUGCACUUGAGAGUCAGCUCGGCAUUGUAAAGCGCGAGUCUGAAAGGCAACGUCGUGCCAAGGAGGACGCGGAAUCGGAUUUGGUUUCAGCGAAACAGCAAUUGCAGUUGAUGAAGAUAACCAUAGACAGACAGGAUGCGCAGACAGCGCGUGACAUGGAAGACGCUAAAACAGCGAAGACAGAACUGGACAGAAUGGUCAUAGAGAUGAAGAACCAGCAGAUGCAAACGCGUCAAACAGUGGAGAGCUUGCAACAGGAAUGUGCCGAAAAGGAUGUGCAGUUGAGGAGUUGCAAGGCACACAUAGCGGAGCUGAUGUCCGGAGCCGAAAAGCAAGCGUCUGAAAACCAACAAAAGCUGAAAGCGCUCGAAUCGAUGGUGGAGCAACUCAAGAUGGAAGAGCGCAAGGUGAACGCCAUCGUUCCUGUCGUUUCCAAAUCCACGGACUCGAAGAACGCAAUCAACAGACCCAAGGGAUCGGGCUCACCCUUCAAAUGCAUCGGAUCUGGGCUGGUACAGCAGAGAACUUCUGAGAUUGAUGAAGAGCUUUCUUCAGCUAGAAAGAGGAUUCGAGAAUUGGAAGCUAUUGCUGCUGCACGACAGAAAGAAGUCUUCAUGCUGAACACAAAGCUAGCUGAAGCCGAGAGUAUGACUCAUGACGUUGUCCGAGACCUUCUCGGAGUCAAGAUGGACAUAGCAAGCUACGCUACAUUACUGAACCAACAGCAGGUACAGCAGAUAGCAGACAAGGCAAGGCGCCGAACAGCGGAAGCGCAUCAGAAGGAGGAGGAAUUAGAGAGACUGCGUGAUCGGCUAGACGAAUUGAUCACGGAACGAGAAAGCUGGCUGGAUGAGAUCAACCGUAGGCAGGCAGAGGCUGUAACGGCUCGCGUAUCCGCCGAAAAGUUGCGCCUAAGGGACUUACUUUUAGCGAACGAGAACGAGAAGUUGAAGGUGGAAGUCGUUUCUCUUCGAAAGAAGGUGUCUGAUUUGGAAGAAGAGUACCGGAAACUAUCAGGUCAGCAGAAUUUGCAGCAGAGAAUUCACCAUCACGCCAAGAUUAAGGAGGAGAACAACGCUCUCAAGACUCAAAACGAGGACCUGAGCGGCAAACUCCGCCGGACGGAAAUUUUGUUCACGCGUGUCAAUGAUGAGCUCGCACGGUACAGAAACGCUGAAGGGAAGACCCCAUUCUUGAACUUCGAUGAGGAAGACCGACUGAGAAAGAAACUUCAGGAAACAGAGGAGAACCGACUACAACUGGCGCAAAACUUUGUUAGUUUAUGCACAGCCAUCAUUCAGGCUGCGGGCGUCCCAAGGACAUCACGAGAUCCUGACGCGGCAACCGCGAUGUCAGCUCUACUUCAGCUCCAGGAUCGGCUUGAGGCGAUGGAAAGAGAACUUUUAGACCUGAAACUCAAGGCGAGAAUCGCUAACGAGAAGAGACGGAUGAGUGACCUUCGGGAACAGCACACACCCAGGAAAUCUGCUCCAACAAAUUUUACCGCGACUCAGCAGAUCACUAGUCCGGAUACUUCGUCGCGGUAGGAAGGAAGGGAUUAAGGAAGGGAUUUGAUAUCAAUAUUGUUGGGUUGAUUUCUAUCUGAAGAGUUGUAAAAUAGUGACUGGUUGUCGUUGGUAACAAUUGUUAUCCAACGCGUACAUACGUAGUUUGUAAUAUACGUAGGAAGUAGGUGAAAAACGUCUUUGUGUACACUUUUGUAUGUACCACAUCUCUGCGAGCUUGCUUCAUUAGCAACUCGAGAAGCCAUAAUCAAAAACCCCCAUUACUUUC